AUGUCUGGUCUAGGCGGUGAUUUUGGCGUGCGGUUUGCACGCGAAACAUGGGCUCUCUAUGCUGUCGGUGUCACGGGUGCGGUACUACGAUUUACGGCCCGUAUCCGUCGAUUGGGUAUUCGCAACCUCCAGGCCGAUGACUACCUCAUGAUCUUCGCCGUAUUCUGGUAUACACUCCUCUGCGUCUCCCUCAACCAAGUCGCAUCCGGCGGAGGGUCCAAUUUGAUGACCCAGGAGGAUAUCGACAACUUGACGCCCACCACCUACGCCGACCGUGUCAAGGGCAGCAAAUGGGUCUUUGUGUCGGAACACUCCUUCGUGCUCGCCAUCUGGAGCAUGAAGGCGUGCAUGCUGGUGAUCUACGCUCGUAUCACCGAGGGUCUGCGCCAGCGCAAAUGGAUCAACUAUAUCGCUAUUUACGUUGGACUGGGCUUUGUUGCGACAGAGCUCUCGCUGUUCCUGAUUUGCCGCCCUCUGACUGACUAUUGGGCGGUUCCAACUCCGAACUAUCAAUGCAAAUCAUACCAGCACUAUGAGAUCGUUCAAGGAUGCAUCUCCAUCUCCGCCGAUAUCUUCAUGCUCCUUGUCGCCAUCCCGCUGCUCGUCCAAGUCCGCGUCCCCGUGAAGCAGAAACUAAUUCUGGUCCUGCUUUUCGGCAUGGGUAUCUUCGUCAUUGUGGCCGCCGUCCUGACCAAGGUGUACUGCCUGGUUCCCUCGCUCAUCUCCUACGUCUACAUGAACUGGUACUUCCGCGAAGCUACCGUCGCUAUCCUUGUCACCAAUCUCCCGCUCAUCUGGUCGCUUUUGCGCGACGUCUUCCCGGCCCUCAAGUCUUGGACUGGCGGAUCCAAAAAGGGCACCGAUCGAUACAAGUCUGGGCCUUGGUACAGCAAGGGUUCCCGGCCCUAUGGUCCGCCGAGUCAACUACGGUCUGGCGACUUCGACAUGCAAAAUUUCUCCAAUCGCAGUGUGCCUCCGACACCGCAAAAGCACGGCCCCGCCGUCUCCGAUGUCAGUCUUGGCGAGACGGAGCGCGAUAUAAGCAGUGACGAUGGCUCGGCGCGGGCACUGCGGAUCCGCCAGGACAUCACGGUGACCGUACAGCAUGACUCGCGGCCGCCGGAUUACCAGGACGGCCAUGGCGUUGCACAUGUUACUCGGGGUCACGAGGAAGUCUGA